CCCGCCCGCUUCGUCAUCGCCACGGCUCCGAAAUGCUCCUGCCAGUCGCCGCCAAGACGAAGCGAAGGUCCCAGAGACGAGAGGCGGAUGGCGGCGAACCCGUCGACGUACUCUCCGUCUCAGAGCUGGGAGACCAGGCAGCAGAAGCGAAGACGGUUCCAGAAGACCGAUUCGACUCGGUGCAGGCCCGCUUCUCUCUGGACGGGCGCUGCCAAUUCUGCCUCAGGAUCUGCUUACGCGGCGUUCGGAGCGACCACGGUCAUCGUAUCCGUGUAUUUUAUGAAGUGACAUAUCUACUCAAAAUGCCUGCUCGAUCCUUAAUCUAGCAUCUCCAUCAGUCUUGCUUCUCUCCUCUACAACUAGUAAAUUGAACUGAGCAGUAUAUGCUUGUCAUCUUCAAAGUUGCUGGUCAGAUUCGAUCUGUGAUGGAUUCCUAUUCGAUCUACUCGACGCAACAAUUUGGUAGGUAUCAUGUUGACUGUUUUGUGAUUUGUGCGCUAUGACAUGGGCAGAUUCUUCGACGAACCAUUGCUGACGCUGCAAAGGCCAGAGUUGUACUUCCACAACCCACUACGGACUUGUACCGAACAAGAUAACGACAAUUCCACCAAUAGAUCUCUCCACAUAUCCACCAUCGCUCAAAAAGCAGCAGCAGAGUGCAUGAGAUGGUGCGGCAGCAGCAAAAAGCUAAAGCUGAAGCAAAAGUGUGAGCUUUCUUUGGUCUUGCAAUCCAUAUAGAAGUCACCCACUACUCACAUCACAUGCUUCCAGUGUUCAUCUCCUCUGUGAACACAGUUAUCUUCUUGCCAUUUCGUCUGUCGUAGAGCUUAUUCCAAGAUUCUUCACAAAGGGAUCAUUGGCUACAGCUUGGUGUUGUAGAUUCUGAGUCCGAUGUCCGGAAUAGAGCAGUCGAUGACCGGCGUCCACAGGCCGUCCGUGUCGGCGACCACCGUGGUCAUGGUCGCGGGAGUCAUCGCCUCCACCGCGCUCUUCGUCCUCGUCUUCUUCCUGUACCUGCGUGCCAAGCGCUACUGGGGCGCCAUCCCGGUCAGCAUCCGCGGCCGCUUGGCCGAGCCAGCGGCUGCUCAGCAGCGAAGCGGCCUAGACGCCGCCGCCGCCGUGGGGGCUCUCCCUUCGGUAGUGGUCCGCGCCGGGGACUGCAAGGAGGGCCUGGAGUGCGCGGUCUGCCUCUGCGAACUGUCGCGGGGCGAGGCCGCGAGGCUGCUGCCUACGUGCGGCCACGCCUUCCACAUCGAGUGCAUCGACGCGUGGUUCUCCUCCCACUCCACCUGUCCUCUCUGCCGGAGCCCCGUGGUGCACGAGAAGCCCCAAGACGCUGGUUCCGCCGCUGAAUCGGUUCCUGGCCGCUUCCACUCGGAGGAACCGCCGCCGGAGAUAGAGGAUCAAGCUGGCCGGAGCUCGAGCCCUUCCGAUCCUCCUUCAGGUAGUACGCCGGCUGUGUCGGUGUCUGAGACACCAAGAAUAGCAGUGGACGGAUUCCAAACCCUGAAUUCUUCGGCAGCAACGUUGAGGUCGUUGCGAAGGCUGCUGAUUCGUGGAAGCAGGACGGGCGGCGCUUCCUGCAGUAGUCGAGAAUGCGACGUCGAGCAGGGACGUCUUCCCGUUUGAUAAAAGGCUGCAUGAUGCAGAAAGCAUUGUUCUUCCACUGAAACAAACGAAGCUUUUCAUCAUCUACAUUUCCAUUACAUCUGUACAGUGUCUCAAGGCAUUUAGGAGUUGCAAGCAGAGGAUUAUAGCUUCUGCACUUUUUGCUGCUUCUUUUGUAAAUCUAAGUCAAUCCAUGUCGGAACAUUUGAUA